AUGGAAGUGGAAGCCAGCAAUGUUGAAAAAACUGCCGUGGACGCAGAGGAAACUGAAUUUCCACCUUCGCAGCAAGACAUCGCCCUAGUAGUCGCAGCCUGUGCUGGCGAUCUUGAGGAAGUACAAAACUUGGUGAAAGAGGACGCAGACAUCUGUUUUCAGGUUGGCUACGCUUUUGAGGCCAUACAUUUCCCUUUUAUUUGCUAUCCAAAAACACUAAAAACCACCCAAAACAAAAAUUAG